AAGAGAAGAAGAGGAGAAUGAAAGAAGGAGAAAAGAGGAGGAGGAUGCAAAGGAGAAAUUUGAAUCUCACAAAAAAAGGAUGGAGCAAUUAAAAGGGCAACCUCGGCUUCCGAAAUUUGCUGACCCGAAACGCUACGACAUAUGGCUAAAACCAGACCUGAGCACAUGCAAAUUUGCAGGGUCUGUGGCUAUUGAGCUCAACAUCGCGGCAGAUACUUGCUUCAUUGUCCUCAAUGCUGCUGAACUCUCCAUUGAUAUCGCCUCCAUAUCUUUCACUCAUCACCUAGCUGCUACAGACGCUUCUAAUUCUAACCAGGUGUUGAAGCCUUUAUAUGUUGAUGUGGUUGAAGAGGAUGAGAUUUUGGUUUUGGACUUUUCUGACACACUUCCCAUUGGGAAUGGACUUCUCACCAUCUCUUUUAAAGGAACUUUGAAUGACAAAAUGAAGGGCUUCUAUAGAAGUACAUACGAGCACAAUGGUGAGAAGAAGAAUAUGGCAGUUACACAGUUUGAACCAGCCAAUGCAAGGCGAUGCUUUCCGUGUUGGGAUGAACCUGCUUGCAAGGCUAUGUUCAAAAUCACAUUGGAUGUGCCAUCACAACUAGUAGCUCUUUCCAACAUGCCAAUUAUUGAAGAAAAAGUGGAGGGGGAUCUGAAGACAGUUUCAUAUCAAGAAUCACCCAUCAUGUCUACAUAUUUGGUGGCAAUUGUUGUUGGUUUAUUUGAUUAUGUGGAAAAUCUUACGUCUGAUGGUAAAAAAAAAUACAAUGUUCACUGUUUCUUGUGUAUUAUGAUCCUUGUUCUUGAUAGUGUAAUCUUACAUCACUUUACAGGAGUGAAAGUUCGACUAUACUGUCAGGUUGGUAAAGUAAAUGAAGGGAAAUUUGCAUUGGAUGUUUCUGUUAGGACACUUGAAUUUUACAAAGAAUACUUUGCAGUGCCUUACUUUCUUCCUAAAUUGGAUAUGGUUGCAAUUCCUGAUUUUGCUUUUGGGGCCAUGGAGAAUUAUGGUUUGGUUACAUGCUGUGAAACAGUUUUGCUCUUUGACAAUCAGCACUCUGCAGCUGCUCAUGAGCAGAGGCUUGCGAUUGUCGUAGCUCAUCAAUUAGCACAUCAGUGGUUUGGCAAUCUUGUAACGAUGGAAUGGUGGACUCAUUUGUGGCUGAAUGAGGGAUUCACAAUAUGGGUUAGUUAUUUAGCAGUUAAUCACUUGUUCCCAGAAUGGGAAAUGUGGACUCAGUUUCUUAAUGACUGUACAGAAGUUCUUAGACUGGAUGGGCUUGCAGAGUCCCAUCCCAUUGAGGUGGAGAUAAAUCAUGCUAGAGAGAUUGAGGAAUUUCUUUUUGACACGAUAAGUAACAAAAAAGGUGCAUCUGUUAUCUGGAUGCUACAAAGCUAUCUUGGUGCUGAAUGCUUUCAGAGGUCACUUGCUUCAUAUAUAAAAAAAUUUGCUUGCUCGAAUGCAAAGACAGAAGAUUUAUGGGCUGCAUUUGAGGAGGGAUCUGGUGAGCCUGUGAACAAGCUCAUGAAUUCAUGGACAAAGCAAAAGGGGUUCCCAGUUGUCUCUGUCAAAGUCAAAGAUCAGAUAUUGGAGUUUGAGCAGUCACAAUUUUUGGCAAGUGGUUAUCUUGAAGAAGGGCAAUGGAUCGUUCCAAUAACAUUAUGCUGUGGUUUAUAUGAUGUGCACAAGAAUUUUCUACUGCAAACAAAGUCCGACACUCUUGAUAUGAAAGAGCUCCUGAGUGACGAAAGCAAUUUAGCCUCUGCUUGGGUGAAACUUAAUUUCAAUCAGACUGGUUUCUAUAGGGUUAAAUAUGAUGAGGACCUUGCAGCUAAACUCCGAUAUGCAAUAGAGAAAAAAUACUUAUCUACAAUAGACAGAUUUGGCAUCCUGGAUGAUUCUUUUGCCCUUUGUAUGGCUCGCCAGCAGUCUUUGAAUUCAUUGCUUACCUUGAUGAAUGCUUAUAGUGGGGAACUUGAAUAUACUGUGCUGUCCAAUUUAAUCAAUAUAAGUUAUAAAGUUGAAAGAAUUGCAGCUGAUGCAAGCCCUGAGUUGCUGGAAUUCGUUAAACAAUUUUUUAUUAGCCUGUUCCUGCGUUCAGCAAUGAAGCUUGGUUGGGAGCCUAAGAAAGAUGAGAGCCAUCUAGAUGCAAUGUUAAGAGGAGAGGUUUGGACUGCCCUUGCUGUGUUUGGAUAUGAUCCAGCACUAAAAGAAGGAAGUAGGCGUUUUCAUGCAUUCUUGGACGACAGAAAUACGCCACUCCUCCAUCCCGACAUAAGAAAGGCAGCAUAUGUGGCUGUCAUGCGGAGAGUCAGCAGCUCAAACAAAUUUGGUUUUGAAUCUCUUUUGAGAGUUUAUAGAGAAACUGAUUUGAGCCAGGAGAAAACACGCAUCCUAAGUUCAUUAACAUCUUCUCCAGAUCCCGACAUAAUUCUUGAAGCUCUCAACUUUUUGUUGUCUUCUGAGGUUCGUACCCAAGAUGCUGUUCUUGGACUCACUGUUAGUAGGGAAGGACGCGAAACAGCUUGGACAUGGCUGAAGGAUAACUGGGAGCAUAUUUCAAAAACCUGGGGUUCUGGAUAUCUAAUAACCCGCUUUGUCAACUCAAUUGUCUCCCCGUUUGCUUCGUUUGAGAAGGCCAAUGAAAUAGAGGAGUUUUUUGCAAACUGUACUGAGUCCAAGAUUGCUAGAAUCUUGAAGCAGAGCAUUGAGCAAGUUCACAUAAAUGCAAAUUGGGUUCAGAGUGUUCAGAAUGAAUAACAUCUUGCCAAGGCUGUGGAGGAGUUGGUACAUUGGAAGCACUAGGAGACACUUUCAUUUGGCCUUUGUUGUCAAGACUUAAGAAGAAAGCAGGUGGAUUAAAUUUCACUACUUUUAAUAAUGUAAAUUUGUCGAACAAGUGUGAUAAUAAUGAAUUAGACACACACACAUAUAUAUAUAGAUACAUAUAACGUUUGUAUCUUAAUAAUAUAUCUUCUGGAGUUGGUUCUUUAUACUUUUGAUCUCCCUUUUGUUUGUAAGGGCUUUUGCUUA